AAUGUCAGAAAGUAUCCAAGAGGAACCCUAGAAGUAAUCUUCUUCAUCCAAGUAGCCAGAAGAGUUUAAUUCAGAUGUUAAAGUUACUAGUGUAUGGGAGAAAUCAUCUAAGGAACUAAUAAAUUAACAUCAAAAUAAAUUUGAUGCUUUUAAGGCUAUGGCAGAUUAGAGCGGAACAAUAGAUGAAAGUCAUUUUACAAUAGGUGGAGAAUAGAAAUCUGAAAUAUUUAAAAGAUUUGAUGCUGAUCAUGAUGGGAAAAUAAAUCAAUAAGAAUGGAAUUAGGGUUGGAAUAAUCUUGACGUAUAGGUUUUAGAAACAUAACAUAAAGUUGCAAUAGCAUAACAAAAGAUGUAAAUUUUAGAUGCUUUAGAAGCAAAAGUGGAACCAGGUUUAAACAUAAGUUAAAAAAGUUCAAGUUAAUAUCAUAGUAUGGUUGAUAGAUUUAAAAAUACAUCAACAUUAAGUGAUUUAACUGAUUUGUUCAAUAAGAAAUCUCCAUAUUAAGAACAUUAAGAAUAUUCAGAGAGCAGUAAUCAUGAUUUUAGGUAAAGAGGAAGUAACAGACCUUUAGAUCAAUUAUUAUAACAAUUUAAAACACCAAAUAAAACGGAUAUUUUAGUUGAAUCAGGUAGUGGACAUGGAUCAGGUUAAUAUUUAGGAAGUAAUAAAUAAAUUUAAAAAUUUGGAUUUGUUUAAGGAAGUGCUUCACCUGGAUUUAAUCCUUCAACAUUAAAAAAUGAAAAUUAAUAUAAUUCAAAGGUUCAUUAACAAAUGAAUAUUAAUAUUGAUAUUAAAGAUAAAAAUAAAUCUAAUAAAAGAAGAGAAGAAUUGGCUAGNAUAGAUUGUAUUAAAAAAUAUUAGAAAUUUUCAAAUAUAAAUUAUAUUAAGAAUGUCUUUGAUAAAUAAAAAAAAAUAAUCUAUAACUUCUGUAUUUAUAUUAACUAUAUUAAUAAAAAUAUUGAUAUUAUCGAAAUUAAAAAUAAAUAAAAUUUAAUUUUAUCAAAUGUCAGAAAGUAUCCAAGAGGAACCCUAGAAGUAAUCUUCUUCAUCCAAGUAGCCAGAAGAGUUUAAUUCAGAUGUUAAAGUUACUAGUGUAUGGGAGAAAUCAUCUAAGGAACUAAUAAAUUAACAUCAAAAUAAAUUUGAUGCUUUUAAGGCUAUGGCAGAUUAGAGCGGAACAAUAGAUGAAAGUCAUUUUACAAUAGGUGGAGAAUAGAAAUCUGAAAUAUUUAAAAGAUUUGAUGCUGAUCAUGAUGGGAAAAUAAAUCAAUAAGAAUGGAAUUAGGGUUGGAAUAAUCUUGACGUAUAGGUUUUAGAAACAUAACAUAAAGUUGCAAUAGCAUAACAAAAGAUGUAAAUUUUAGAUGCUUUAGAAGCAAAAGUGGAACCAGGUUUAAACAUAAGUUAAAAAAGUUCAAGUUAAUAUCAUAGUAUGGUUGAUAGAUUUAAAAAUACAUCAACAUUAAGUGAUUUAACUGAUUUGUUCAAUAAGAAAUCUCCAUAUUAAGAACAUUAAGAAUAUUCAGAGAGCAGUAAUCAUGAUUUUAGGUAAAGAGGAAGUAACAGACCUUUAGAUCAAUUAUUAUAACAAUUUAAAACACCAAAUAAAACGGAUAUUUUAGUUGAAUCAGGUAGUGGACAUGGAUCAGGUUAAUAUUUAGGAAGUAAUAAAUAAAUUUAAAAAUUUGGAUUUGUUUAAGGAAGUGCUUCACCUGGAUUUAAUCCUUCAACAUUAAAAAAUGAAAAUUAAUAUAAUUCAAAGGUUCAUUAACAAAUGAAUAUUAAUAUUGAUAUUAAAGAUAAAAAUAAAUCUAAUAAAAGAAGAGAAGAAUUGGCUAGCUAUAUGGGUAAAUUAGGUUUGGGAGGAAAUGAAUCAAUUUAAAAACCUUCCAUAAGUUCUGAAUAACCAAAUUCAAGUAAAAAAUAAAUAAUUAUUUUAGAUGUUUUUGAGAGAAUGAAAGUAUAUGUGAAUAACAUUGGUUAACAAAAUUUUAAGAAUUAAUCAUAAUCUGGACUUAAUGACCUUGUCAAUGAUAAAUCAUUUAGUACAAGCACAUUCAAAUAGCAAUUAAAAUAAUAUAGAAAAGAGAGAGGAGGUGAAUAAUUAGAGAAUUAAGCUGGUAAAUUCUCAAAGCAUUCAAACUUCUUAGAGAAUCCAUUAUUACAGGAUUAAUCCUUAAAAAGUUUUCAUUUAAAACUUAUGCACUCUUAAGGCGCAUUGAAUAAUAAGUAUACUAGGAUUUGAU